AAUGAAGGAGUGUUGAUCUUAAGACUGCUUUUAAUAUAUUUAUCAUAUUUUACAGGUUUAAACGAUCAGAACUCAAAUAAUGGGUCUUUUUCCUGCCAAUUGUGUAAUCGUAACUUCAGCCAAUCUAGUACUCUUCGAAACCACCUCAAGACUCACACCGGAAAGAGAUGCUUUACCUGUGACCAUUGUAAACAAUGUUUCGCACUAAAACGUCAUCUGAAAAGUCAUCUUCGGAUUCAUACAGGGGAUAAGCCUUUCAGUUGUGAUCAUUGCGAACGAAGAUUCUCAUAUAAAUGUAGUUUGAUAUAUCAUCUUCGGCUUCACACAGGCGAGAAACCUUUCACUUGCGAACAUUGCAAACGAAGUUUUUCAACGAAAACUGUUCUGAAAACUCAUAUGCAGAUUCACAGCGGAGAGAAACCUUUUACUUGUGAUCAUUGCAAGCGAAGUUUCACAUACAAACAUGCUUUGAUUAAACAUAUUCGAAUUCACACGGGAGAGAAGCCUUUCACUUGUGAUCAUUGCAAGCGAAAUUUUUCACGAAGAGAAUAUCUGAUAAGUCACGCUCUUGUUCACACUGGAGAGAAAUCCUUUACGUGUGAUCAUUGCAAAGGAAGAUUCUCAAAAAAAAGUACUUUGAUAAACCAUCUUCGGAUUCACACAGGCGAGAAACCUUUCAGUUGUGAACAUUGCAAACGAAGUUUUCCAGCAAAAGCUACUCUGAUAAAUCAUAUGCGGAUUCACACCGGAGAGAAGCCAUUGUCGUGUACUUAUUGCUCACGAAAGUUUCGUUUUUCAUCUAACUUAUAUCGUCAUAUUACUAAAUCUCAUAAUAGUAAUAAUCUUAAAUGAAAAUAUCUUUUUGAAGGAAAAUGUGAAAUAACAAAAAUAGAUGGAAGUGGUUGACUGAUUUCAUUUGUUUGAAAAAAAUACUUAAUUAAUACUUGUAUUUAGAUACUUCAUUGUACACGAAGACAAGAAAUUAUAAGUUUCAUUUUCUUGAUUUUGUAAUUUUUAUCUUUCUUAUAAAACAAUUGAUUUUGUGGACAAAAAUAGAAAAUGGUUUUAAAAUUACCUUUAUCUUCGGAGCUGAUCACUGGAAUAAAUAUUUUACAACAUUAUAAAUUAAUUCUAAACAUAAUUAACAAUUAUAAAUACGUAUAAGUUAAGAUAUUUAGCAAUAAAUUUACCACAAACAAAGCGAUCUUCAUGUUGAAUUAGUUAUUCGCCGAACAUGGACACAUCUGAAUCCCAACGCUGUUUAUACGACUUGACACGUGUUAAUUCCCACACAAGCUGUUUCUAUACGUCAAUUGC